AUGAGCAACUUUAGUAAUAAAAAAGGUUUAACAAAUUAUUCUUAUUUAGUUGGUAAAUAAACAAGAGCUUAAAACAAGAAGUAAGCAGCAGCCCCUGCAAUGUUAAAGAAGAUGAAACUGAUUUCGAAAGGCAAAGGAAAAUAUCUGUUAGAAGUGGAUGACAACUUUGUCAAUUAACUAUAAUAAGCAUAACAAUUUUUAGCAGAAUUAAAUGAUACUAUCCUUGGUCAAGUUGACAAUAAUUAGAGUAUGGCUCAAGAAUCAAAUCCCCAAUUUGAAUAAUAAGAAGAGGAUGGAUCGUCAUCUGCUUCAGAAGAUAAAAGUGGAGCUCCAAUGUCUUAAUAACCACAAGAACAAUAAUCUUAAUAACCUAAUGAAGUUAAGGAAACUUAGGAUUUUUAUAGGUAAGAGUAUGAAUCAAAUUAAGACGUAUACCCCAUUUUUUUAUGGGGAGAUUCAAGAAAUGGGCAAAAAUUUUAAAAGAGGAUGAUGUAAGUACAUUUUUACAUCAACUAAAGUCCAAUAAGAAAUCAAAAUAGGGAAGAUAUGAGUUAGGGGAUUUUCAUAAGUAAAGAUUCUAUUGAAAUUUAAGAUGUUUUUAGAUUGAUAAAAAUGAUAGCAAUGAAUAAUAGAAACAGAAGAAAAAAAUAAAAGAAUUAUUUCUUGAAUUUUUAUAGAAUGAAGCAGUCCUAUAGAUCAUCCAAUACAAUAAGAUAACCAAUCAGGAUUAGAAGGUUUAAUAAUAUAUUUAUAUAUUAGAUUAAAUACAUAGAUGUGAUUCCUAAUAUGGUUUAAGAAAUGUAUAGUGAUAAGCCAUUUGAUUAAUUUUUGGCUUAAUAGAACAUAGAGAAAUAGAUAAAUAAGAAAAAGCAGUUGUUGACCGAGACCUAGGAUGUGAAACAAUAACAAUAAUAAUAACAACAACAACAACAACAAUAACAACUACCUUAAUAAAAAUAAGAUUAAUCUUUUGAGGAGCCACUUAUAAAGUUUGCACGAGAAGUGUCAUUUCAAAGCUAAUUAUGAU